CCCUCCUCCUCCCAUCCAAAUCAUUCGAUUGAUGUGCCACAUCUAUUUAUAGAUUAGCACACACUCUUGUGUCACACUCUCUCGGCUGUCAUAGUUCUUCACAAUCAUUAAUUUGUACUAGUACAUUGCGGGAAUACCAUUCAUCAGUAGAGAAAACCUUCCUUCUACUUGCUAAAAUGGAAGGAAGAACCAGGGACGGCCAUCCGGGGAUUAGUCAGCCAAGAUAUCGAGGUGUACGACAGCGAAAAUGGGGGAAAUGGGUGUCCGAAAUCCGGGAGCCUGGUAAGAAGACAAGAAUUUGGCUUGGGAGUUAUGAGAUGCCUGAAAUGGCCGCGGCGGCAUAUGAUGUGGCAGCAUUACACCUUAGAGGACGUGGGGCUCAACUAAACUUUCCAGAAAUGGUGGAUAGUUUGCCCCGGCCGGCGAGCUCUAGCACUGAGGAUGUGCAAAUGGCAGCACAAGAGGCGGCUUUGCUGUUUCGGAGACCGAUAAAAUGUUCAGAGGGAGUAAGUGGUAGCUCUAGUGGCGGCGGGGGCAGUUUAGGUCCUGUUAGGGUUGGGUUGUCACCAAGCCAAAUUCAAGCUAUAAAUGAGGCACCACUGGACUCACCAAAAAUGUGGAUGGAGUUAGCUGGGGCUCUUCUGUUGGAUGAGCCUGUGGCUAUGGGUGAUGAUAUUGAUGUCGAACUCAGUGAUGAGUGGGGUGAAAUGGAGCAUGAGCAUGACUCCAUUUGGGAUUAUUAAUCAUAUACAAACUAUUUUUUUUGCGGUACUAUAUACUAUAUACUAUAUUUUUAUUUUUAUUAUUAUAAUUAUUACUAUCAUAGUUAUAUAUAAUGACAAAUUGAUUAUACCAACUUGUGUAAUAAUGGAAUUGCCUACCUUAAAAUCUAUCUAAUUUCUUGAAUAUGAUAGAGUCAAUAAGCUUAAUUAAGCCUUCUGCAUCUUUUUUUUUCCUUCUGGUAGAGGGAGUUCUGGUCAUUGUGGCUGCUUUUUGACAACAUCGGGCUCUAUUAAUGCAUUAAGAGAGUUGAAUGUCUUCACCGGCAGAGGAUUCGAAAGAGAGCCCGAAAUGUGUUCUAUUUCCUUUAAAUUUGCACAAAGUGCCAUUUUUUUCUCUCAUUGUAAACGAAAACAAUGUCUUUAAUGAAUCUAGCUAGCUUCUUCCA